AUGAGAUCUCCAUCACUCGCUAUUGCUGCUACCACUGCUUUGGGUUUGUUUUCAUCCAGUGCUUUAGCUUACUAUGGUAACACCACUACUGUUGCUUUGACUACUACUGAAUUUGUCACCACUUGUCCUUAUCCAACCACUUUCACAGUGAGUACAUGUACCAAUGAUGUAUGCCAACCAACUGUGGUUACAGUCACUGAAGAAACAACAAUCACUAUUCCUGGUACUGUUGUCUGCCCUAUCGUCCUGACACCAUCGGCUAGUGCCAGUGCCAGUGCCAGUGCCAGUGCUAGCUCCGAAGAAGAAGGAAGCGCUGUCACCACUCAAGUCACCGUCACCGAUUUCACAACUUACUGUCCUUAUCCAACUACAGUAACCAUCACCAAAUGUGAAAACAAUGAAUGUCAUCCAACCACAAUUCCGGUGGAAACUGCCACUACCAUAACUGUCACUGGUGAGGUGAUUUGUCCAACCACCACAUCCACUUCUCCAAAAGAGUCCUCUUCAGCAGUUGCUUCAUCUGAAGUGGUCACUACUCAGGCCACAGUUACAGAUUACACUACUUAUUGUCCAUUGCCAACAACUAUUGUGGUUUCCACUUGUAAUGAAGAUAAAUGCCACCCAACUACCAUUGAGGUGACCACUCCUUCCACCGUUGUUGUUCCAGGUACAGUUGUUUGUCCAACCACUUCUGUUGCCACCCCAUCAGAAUCUAAAGCAACCACCAAACCUACCACUAUUAGUUCAGUUGUCACUACUGGUGUCACUACAACUGACUACACCACAUACUGCCCAUCACCAACCACCAUUGUUGUUUCCACUUGUAAUGAAGACAAAUGCCACCCAACCACUAUUGAAAUUUCUACCCCAUCUACAGUUGUUGUUCCAGGCACAGUUGUUUGUCCAACCACAUCUGCCACAAUCAUCACCACCACUGCCGAACAACCACCAGCUUCCCCAGCUGUUUCUACUAUUCAAUCUGUGGUUACUACUCCUGCUACAUUGACAGGCUACACCACUUAUUGUCCAGAGCCAACCACUCUUGUGUUGACAACCUGUUCUGAUGAUGAAUGUAAACCUCACACCGUUUCUGCUACUGGUGGUGAAACCGUUAGCAUUCCUGCCACCAUUGUUGUGCCAAGUAGUCAUACUACUCAAGUGGAAAUUACUGUUUCCUCAGCCUCGGUGCCAGCUUCAGAAAAUCCAACUACUCCAGUAACUGUUGCUGCAGUUUCCAGUUCUCCAGCUGUAUCUACUGAAACUCCAUCAGUAGCAACUCCUGCUAUUUCUGUUGGUGCUGCUGCUGGUAAUGUUGUUCCAACCACAGUAUUCGGGCUCUUUGCCAUUAUUCUUGCAUCAAUCUUUUAA